AGGAAUUGAAAAUGGAAGGCGUGCGUUGCGUGCUUUUCUCACAACUCCGCGUAUGCGCAGCCUUUUCACCAAACUAUCAACCGACCAUUUCCCUUUAUUUGCAAAUUUUGUUUUCUUAGAAUUACAUUUUUCAUAACAAGGAAGACAACCUGGGAUGAUGUCGUUCUGUUCUUCGCUUCUGUUCUGAGAGUUUUUGAUUCUUCCAAUGGCCCAGUCCUUCGGUCAGACCGAGAUUAACUGGGACAAGCUAGAUAAAACUAAGUUCUAUGUCGUAGGAGCUGGACUCUUUACAGGUGUUACAGUGGCACUUUACCCGGUUUCUGUUGUGAAAACUAGGCUGCAGGUUGCCACAAAAGAUACGGUAGAGAGAAAUGCUUUUUCUGUUGUAAAAGGAAUACUUAGAACAGAUGGCAUUCUCGGUUUGUAUAGAGGAUUUGGUACAGUUAUCACUGGUGCAAUUCCUGCCAGAAUCAUAUUCCUCACCACUCUAGAGACCACAAAGGUGGCUGCCUUCAGAAUGCUUGAACCGUUUAGACUAUCUGAAACUACCCAGGCUGCUAUAGCAAAUGGAGUUGCAGGCAUGACAUCAUCGCUUUUUGCUCAAUCUGUGUUCGUGCCAAUUGAUGUGGUUAGCCAAAAGUUGAUGGUGCAAGGAUACUCAGGUCAUGCCCAAUAUAGAGGGGGUCUAGAUGUUGCUCGUAAGGUUUUAAGGUCUGAUGGCAUUCGGGGAUUGUAUCGAGGGUUUGGUCUGUCUGUUAUUACUUAUUCACCUUCUAGUGCAGUAUGGUGGGCAAGUUAUGGUUCAAGUCAACGCUUCAUUUGGAGUUUCUUGGACCACAGUGCCAAACAUGAUCAAGGCACUCCUAGUCUGCAAAAGAUUAUGUUAGUUCAGGCUGCUGGAGGGAUUAUUGCUGGUGCAACUGCUUCCUGCAUUACAACCCCAUUGGACACUAUCAAGACACGAUUACAGGUAAUGGGACAUGAAAAUAGAAUCUCCGUAAAACAAGUUGCUAAAGAUUUAAUCAAUGAAGAAGGUUGGAAAGGCUUUUAUAGAGGGUUCGGUCCAAGAUUUUUUAGCAUGUCAGCAUGGGGCACUUCAAUGAUAUUGACUUAUGAGUAUCUGAAACGCGUGUGCUCAAAGGAUGAAUAGCUGAAAUUUUUCUGAAAGCUUGUCUUUUACCAAUCUAUUAACCAACAUUGGGAUGAUGUCGGAUAAUCACACAAUUGCUUGACGUUUAUCAGUCUUUGAAUUGAGGGUUAGACUUAGUACAGCUAUACAAACGGAUUAUUCUGGAAACACUUGCUGGAUAUAAAAACGGGAGAUUCCCACCAGAUAAUAAAUUGUAUCAUUCUUUUUUAUAAUUAUAUUGGAUUUGGUGUAUUCUUUUUUAGCAUUGCUGCGGAUAAUGUAUCAUGGAAGGGAACGAAAUAGAUUGCAAAGAAAUU